AUGUAUGUCGUUGUGGUACGCCUGAAGGACGAGGAUAAAAUAGUUGACCUCCCGACAAUGCCUCGGAUUGCCAGCGAUGAUAGCUCAAUCAGGCACGGGGCCACUAGACACGUCGAUUACAUGACACAUGAUUGGAAGGAAGAAGACAUAUGGGGUUCUUGGCAAUAUGUUGUUACCCGAAGAAUCCUAUACAGUGAAAGUUCAAGGUUGGAAAAUGCAUUAUGGAGAUCUUGGGCGAAGUUAAAGUUUUGCCUUAGCACCAUCACACCCGGGUCUCUUGGUUGGUGGAAGGAUUGCGAUAUCACUUGGCUCUACGGCCCGUUGAACUCCAACUCUGAACACUACCCGCCCACCCCCCAACCGCCCCGCCUUUCCGCGCCCAAUUCUUUCCUUAAGAGGAAAUCAAUCCUCAAGAAAACGCGGUCCCAGGCAAUCCUCCAGCAAUCCCUCCCAACACUCACUCUUCUCAACGCUGGCCAGAUUCAGGGCGCAUUUGGGAAUGCCGUCAUAGCUACUUCCAAAACAGAAUCUUCCGUUGACCAGCGGCACGUUAGAUUCAAUGAUGAGGUAGUGCAAUGUGUAGCGGUGGAUGGAGAUGGGGGUAGGAAGGGGGAUACUUCCCAUGACGGUACGUACGGCUACUGCAUGCUUGAUGGCGAGUCACCAGGUGACAAUAUGGUAGUUACCAGGCAGCCAUCGCUGAGUAACCGGAGCGCACAAAGGAGCAGCUUCAGCAGCGACACCAAGACCGUCGCCUCGCUGCCCUCAACGACUUUGAAACAAUUCCAAUACACAUCGGAUUUUUUAGCUCCUGAAGCCCCUCGAUUAUCCCGGUUUCCUUCAACCGAGACACUCCGACGCUCAAAACGAAAAUGGCAUGCGGACCUCCUGGACAAUGAAGAAGAAAAUGGGCAACUGGAAGGAGAUCGGGAGCUAUGCCCUUCAGCGCCGAACAUGUUUACAUCGUUGGAUUUCUGGGACGAGAGAGAUGAGGAUAAUGAUUUUGAUUAG